CCCAACCAAUACGGAAUUAGCCACGCCACUGAUUAAAAUUGAGAGAGCGAAUAAAGAAAGGAUCAGUGAAUCUCUCUGCAACUCAAAGAUGAUCGGAGACUUGGUGGAUCUGUUGACCGGCGGUGGAGGAAAUGCAGCGAAGGUGAAAGGAACGGUGGUUCUGAUGAAAAAGAACGUUCUUGAUUUCAACGAUUUCAACGCUUCGUUUCUCGACCGUCUCCACGAAUUUCUGGGAAACAAAGUCACUCUUCGACUUAUCAGCUCCGAUGUUACUGAUCCAGAAAAUGGUUCAAACGGUAAACUAGGAAAGGCUGCACACUUAGAGGACUGGAUCACCACGAUCACGUCGUUAACCGCGGGUGAAUCAGCCUUCAAGGUCACAUUCGAUUACGACCAAGAUUUUGGUUACCCUGGAGCAUUCUUGAUCAGAAACAGCCAUUUUAGUGAGUUUUAUCUCAAAAGUUUGACCCUUGAAGAUGUCCCAGGGCAUGGCAGAGUCCAUUACAUCUGCAAUUCUUGGGUUUACCCUGCUAAGCGCUACACCAAAGACCGAGUGUUCUUCUCCAACAAGACUUAUCUUCCACAUGAAACGCCAGAGGCACUGCUCAAGUACAGGGAAGAAGAGCUAGUGAGCCUAAGAGGAACCGGCGAAGGAGAGCUUAAGGAAUGGGAUAGAGUGUAUGACUAUGCUUACUACAACGAUCUAGGCGUGCCUCCAAAAAACCCACGGCCUGUACUUGGAGGGUCACAGGAGUAUCCUUACCCGAGAAGAGGGAGAACCGGGCGAAAACCGACAACAGAAGAUCCUGAAACAGAGAGCAGGUUACCAGUCACGUCAAGCCUAGACAUAUAUGUCCCAAGAGAUGAGAGAUUCGGACAUUUGAAGAUGUCUGAUUUCCUUGCUUAUGCUCUGAAAGCGAUCGCUCAGAUCAUACAGCCUGCGCUUGAGUCUGUGUUUGACGAGACUCCUAAAGAGUUUGAUUCUUUUGAAGAUGUUCUUAAGAUCUAUGAAGAAGGAAUCGAUCUACCAAACCAGGCUUUGAUUGAUAGUAUCGUUAAGAAUAUACCGCUUGAGAUGUUGAAGGAGAUAUUCAGAACCGAUGGUCAGAAAUUCCUUAAGUAUCCAGUGCCUCAGGUCAUCAAAGAGGAUAAAACUGCAUGGAGAACCGAUGAGGAGUUCGCUAGAGAAAUGCUUGCUGGGCUAAACCCUGUUGUUAUUCAACUUCUUAAGGAGUUUCCUCCAAAGAGCAAGCUUGAGAGGGAAACAUACGGUGACCAGAACAGCACAAUCACCAAAAGCCAUAUAGAAGAGAGCUUAGAUGGGCUCACUGUAGAAGAGGCUUUGGAGAAGGAAAGGUUGUUCAUAUUAGACCACCAUGACACACUGAUGCCGUACGUGGGACGUAUAAACACCACCGGAAACAAGGUUUAUGCAAGCAGAACUCUUCUCUUCUUGAAAGAUGAUGGGACCUUGAAGCCGUUGGUGAUUGAGCUGAGCUUGCCUCAUCCUGACGGAGACAGCUUUGGAGCAGUGAGUGAAGUAUACACGCCUGGGGAAGGGGUCUACGACUCGCUGUGGCAGUUGGCAAAGGCCUAUGUGGGCGUAAAUGACUCUGGAAACCAUCAACUUAUCAGCCACUGGUUGCAAACACACGCAUCUAUUGAACCUUUCGUCAUUGCAACGAACAGACAGCUAAGCGUUCUUCACCCGGUUUUCAAGCUCCUCGAACCUCACUACCGUGAUACGAUGAACAUCAAUGCGCUUGCUAGGCAAAUCUUGAUCAAUGGAGGUGGUAUCUUUGAGAUCACAGUGUUUCCUUCUAAAUAUGCCAUGGAGAUGUCAUCUUUCAUCUACAAGAACCACUGGACCUUCCCUGACCAAGCCUUACCAGCAGAACUUAAAAAGAGAGGGAUGGCUGUUGAGGACCCAGAAGCACCACACGGAUUGCGUCUGAGGAUAGAAGACUACCCUUACGCUGUGGAUGGGCUUGAGGUUUGGUACGCUAUCGAGUCAUGGGUCCAAGACUACAUUCCCUUGUACUACAAGUCGGACGAGGAUGUCCAGAACGACACUGAGCUCCAAGCUUGGUGGAAGGAGGUGCGUGAGGAAGGUCACGGAGACAAAAAGUCAGAACCUUGGUGGCCCAAAAUGCAAACCCGCAAAGAACUGAUUGACUCUUGCACUAUAAUAAUAUGGGUGGCUUCUGCUCUACAUGCAGCGGUUAACUUCGGACAGUAUCCCAUUGCAGGGUAUCUCCCGAACAGGCCGACCAUAAGCCGACAGUUCAUGCCAAAGGAAAACACUCCUGAGUUUGAAGAACUUGAGAAGAAUCCGGACAAAGUGUUUUUGAAGACGAUCACGGCUCAGCUUCAGACGCUUCUUGGGAUAUCUCUGAUUGAGAUUCUGUCUACUCAUUCUAGCGAUGAGGUGUAUUUGGGGCAGAGAGAUUCUAAGGAAUGGGCGGCUGAGAAAGAGGCGUUGGAAGCGUUUGAGAAGUUUGGAGACAAAGUAAAAGAGAUUGAGAAGAAGAUUGAUGAAAGGAACCUAGACGAGAAUCUCAAGAACAGGACUGGUCCGGUUAAGAUGCCAUACACUUCUUUGUUUCCGACCAGUGAAGGUGGAGUCACUGGCAGGGGAAUUCCGAACAGUGUCUCCAUCUGAAACAUGUCUCAAGGUGUUGUUUGUUUUCUGCUUAUUCUAUGUGUGUGCUGCAGUCAGUUUGUGUUCUUCCAUGGUUUGCUUUUUUCACAUGUUAACAGUUGAUUCUUGCCGGUCUUCGGGAUCGGGUUAUUAUUUCGUGUGGUCCUAAAAGCAUCAAAAUAAAAAGUCUUAAGUUCUAGUUAUUACAAUA